AUGACGUUUGAUAUUCCAUCCGUGGUUUCGCUCGCCAGGGUCGUCGUCUUGGCGCAUCUCCAGGCCUCCUUGUCUUUGCGGCCGGAGGUGGUUUCUCAUUAUCAGACAGAACUCGAGCCGGUGUACGUUGUGGAGGAGAAGCACUUUGAAGCUUGGCAGUGGAAGGACGCAGAGUGUUCAUCGGCUUACGAGUCAUUCUGUGAUGCAGUUGUCACGAAAGAUCAGUGCAAAGAGAUGGCUGUUGUCGCAGGCAACGGAAAGCCUUUCGGACAAUAUUAUGUUACCGCCAAUGAAGGUAAGAAGGGCAAGUGUUACGUUUCUCACGCUAACAUCUUCUUCGAUGGUGGUACGAAACAAUGGGUCCCAGCUAUUGGCCAGCUUUGCCGGUGCUCUGGGUUGCACCUGCUCUACUCCCCACAGGAUUUGGGGCCUUGUGCAACGACUGUCAACUCUCACGGAAUCUGGAAGAAUCCAAACAAAGAAGAAUGCGAGUUUUACAACUAUGGGUACUACUACGACGACGACAAGAAGAUGUGCCUGCGCGCAGAGGAGCCUUGGCGGAUGUAG